ACCAAGAAAAGCUGCAGGGUUUUAGGGUUUAUCAAACUGAAGCAAAAAUGCGCCCGCUAGAUGAGCAAGAAACCACACAGGUGUUCGAAAAGCUACACAAAUUCGUCGGAAACAAUCUGAAGAACAUAGUGGAAAACCCAUCUCACGAAGGCACCGACAACACUCCAGGCCGUUACUGCUUUCGUCUCCAGAGAAACAGAGUUUACUACGUAUCAGAAUCUUUGGUCAAGCGAGCAACAAACGUAAAGCGAGAUAACUUAGUUUCGCUGGGAACCCAGUUAGGGAAAUUCACCAAAGGAGGUAAGUUUCACCUCACAGUUCAAUGCUUGGGUAUCUUAGCAGCACACGCGAAACACAAAGUGUGGCUGAAACCCACAUCUGAGAUGAGUUUUCUGUAUGGAAAUAAUGUAUUGAAAGGUGGAGUUGGAAGGAUUACUGAGAGCAUUAGUGAGCAUGAUGGGGUGGUUGUGUUUUCGAUGUCGGAUGUGCCGUUGGGAUUUGGAGUUGCAGCGAAGAGUACUCAGGAUUGCCGGAAAAUGGAUCCGAAUGGAAUUGUAGUGCUUCAUCAAGCUGAUAUUGGAGAGUAUUUGAGGAUGGAAGAUGAUCUCUAAGUUCAAUUUAAUUUUUGGGAGAAAAGGUAAUUGAAAUUUUGAGUGAUUGCUUUUGUGUUUUGGGAAUUUAGGAUUUUCUUGGGAUUUUUAAUUUGUGUAAUGUAAUUGUGGUUAACUCUACAUUCUACAUACUGUUAUACAAUUACAAUUAGUGCUAUCGUAA